AUGUUUGAUGCUAUUUCAGUCAUAAUGUCUUCUAAACAUAACAAUAUCAAAUUAUAUCGAAUUAAACGACCUACUGUACAACUUGAAACAGAUGUUAAAGAUACUGUACGUAAAAUGCCAGUUGUAUUGACAGAUGAACAAUUAGUUCGUUUAAAACAACAUGAGUAUGCAUCAGAAGGUAACACGUUAUUUGAUCCAUUUAUGGAAAAAUUUUGGACAUGGCUAGUUCAAUAUUGUCCACUUUGGAUGGCACCUAAUUUAAUAACGAUUCUUGGAUUAGCGUUAAAUAUUGGAACAAGUAUAUUAUUAAUAGUGACAACACAUGAAGCGAAAGAAUCGUGUUCUCGAUGGAUGUAUAUAUUUACAGCAUUUGGAUUAUUUUUUUAUCAAUCACUAGACCCUGGAGAACAAGCUAGAAGAACAAAUUCUCAAUCGCCGUUAGGAGAGCUUUUUGAUCAUGGAUGUGAUUCAGUGUCUGCUAUUUUUGUUACAAUAGCCUGUUGUUGUGGCAUUCAAUUGGGUGUAUAUCCUUGGUUAAUGUUUUGGUGUUGUAUAUUAUCCUAUUUUGCAUUUUAUUGUGCCCAUUGGCAAACCUAUAUUUCUGGUAAACUUCGUUUCGGACGACUAGAUUGUACAGAAACACAAUUUAGUUUUAUUACUUUCUAUAUAAUUAGUACCAUAUAUCCAAACUUCUGGACUAUAUCUAUUCCAUUUGUUCAGCUAGACUUUCGUAUACUCGCUGCAUUACUAAUAAUCGGUUCUACACUUUGGAGUUCAUAUAAUAAUUGUAAGAGAAUAUCAGAAGGUGGAUGUGGAAUAGAGGGCUCAUCUGUUGCUCAAACUAGCAUUGUAUUUCCAGCUAUUCCAAUAUUUAUCUUAAUUGUAUUCAGUUUAAUCACUGCAAAUAACUCAAAAACACAUCUAUUAGAAAAACAUACAUCUUUAUAUCUUCUUGCAUAUGGAAUUGUAUUUUCAAAAUUUACAAAUCGACUUAUUGUCUAUUCUGUAUUUGAUUUGCUGAGCUCAUCUAAUGAUCAACCAACAACAUUUGAACAAGCAUUAGCUCGUUAUUUAGAAUACAAAGAACGUUUUGAAAAGAUUGAAAAUGAUUAUGAUGAAUUUCAAACAUCUUCGUUAACAUAUGAACAAGAGUUAGAGACUCAGUUAGAACAGUUGACACAGCAAAAUCGUCGUUUCCAAUCAGAAUUAUUUCAGGAACGUGCAACAAAUGAACAAUAUCAUGAGAGAACAGAACAAACUUUAAAACAAUAUGAUAAACGAAUAGACCAUUUACAAAACGAGUUACAUGGAAAAAAUAAUUUAAAUGAGAAGUUAACCGCAUAUAUUCGAGAGUUAGAACAACAAAACGAUGAUUUAGAACGAGGAAAACGAACAUUAGCGGUUAGUUUAGAAACGUUUGAAAAACAAUUAAAUCAAGCAUUAGAACAAAAUGCACUGUUAGAAAAUGAGUUGGACGAAAAAGAACAGCUAACAGAAACAGUACAACGAUUGAGAGAUGAAACAAGGGAUUUAAGAGAAGAAUUAGAUGUAUUACAUAAAAACAAACAACCACCCACUGCAACGAACAAUGAUGAAACAAUUAAUAGUAGUAGAAUGAAAAGUAUUCUAGAUACUACAACAACAACCGUAGCGGAAAAAAACUCGCAACCAAAUCAUCCAGAUUUCUACAAUGGCGAGCAACAGUCCAAAUUAAGAUCAACAUCAUUGUUGAAUUAUGAUAGAAAUGGUUAUUCCUCUAAAAAACCGUUGACCACACCAUCAAUGAUAAAUACAGAAUUCACAAAAAUUGUUAUACCAACAUCAUUUUCAUCUUCAAAGAUAUCCAAUGUGUCAUCACAAACCGAUGGUAGCUCAGGAAGCACAAAUGGAGGUCUGUUCGGUGAUAUAUCGACACCUAUAACUAUUAGUACAAGAAUCCAUGCGUUGAAUAUGAUAUCAGAAGCAUUUCGCCGUUUUACAGCGAUUGAAGCAACAUUAGCUGCACAACGAAAAGCUUCACAUAGACCACGUGUAAAUUCAGCAGUACCAUUGAAACAACAACAGAACAAUUGUGUAAAUAAUAAUGAAACAACAACGUGA